GAGGAGCGUUAUGGCGCCCCCUGUAGGUGAGGUUAGUGUAGAUGAUGUACUAUUUAGGGACACUCCUUAGUGCAGGAUUGGGGUUUAGGACGGAGCCGUGUAGCUGCACCUUUGUUGCGCAGCAGCGGCGGCGUGGAGCAUUACACACACACACACACACACACACACACACACAAAGCGUCUUGUCCUCAGGAUAAGGCAUCAGUGAGGCCAGUCUGACAGUGCUGUCUACACGCCAAGAGCCAGAAGAUGAAGAAGCGCUGCCUGGACGUAUCCAAGCUCCGGAAGAUGAGGAAGCUCAGACUGACGGAGAAGAUUUCGGAAAGUGCGUACUCGUUCCUGAAGUUCAUGACCGUGUGGAUCGUGGUGCUUUUGGCUGACUUUAUUCUGGAGUUCAGACUGGAAUACUUGUGGCCUUGCUGGCUCUUCCUCGGCACCGUUUACACCACGUUCCACUGCCACGGCCUGGCCAUCUGUAUGGUGUUUGUGUGUGCUGCCUUUACGCUGGAUAUAUUCUGUUUGAUUUUUGUACCGCUACACUGGCUGUUUUUCGCAGCCAGCACAUACGUCUUACUCAACUACAUCUGGCACACAGAGAAAGGCAUCUGCCUGUCCACUGUGACUUUAUGGAUUCUUCUCGUGUACACGGAGACCUCGCUCAGGCUGAGAGACCUGAAGAACCCAUACGCCAACCUCUCUCACCUCUUUGCCGCACACUGCAUCGGCUAUCCGCUGGUGUACAUGGGAUUUGACGCAACGUGCUACUUCUCCGGCAUCUUGAAACUUCGCACACAAAAAGCGGUUCAGAGUGAGAACGACUUGCACAUGCAUCUCCUUCAACAUCCCCUACCUCCGUACACGCAGCUCUACCCAAAACCGGGGGUGGAAGAAUCCAAAUGGAGGACCAAACCAGGGCCCAUGCAAUACCCGUGUCAAAACGACGCAGUCAUAUCGGAAGACAAGCAGGACCACGAGGACUGUCUCCAACUCCACAGGCUGCACGGGAGGACGGAGAGAGACGCAGGGGACGCCAGGAUACGAGAGCCGAACCCUCAGCCUCCAGGAACGAAGCAGCACGGAGCCGAAACGCGCUCGGGUUCAGCGCAGCUUUCCGACGUCCACGAACACCUACCUCACGAGGAGCAGAGCGGGAAAGCUCCGAGAGUCUCUAGAGGUCCCCAGGCUAAAGUGCAGAGGAGCUCGGUGAGCAUCGUGACCAACAAAGCGGAGAAGAAACUUAAAAACACGAAAGCCAUCAGCUCCAGCGGAGACCCAGGAGAACGGAGCGCAAAUAUCCAGGGGCUUCACAAUCCUCACGCCGAGCAGCUCUCGAAGCUGGAGCAGGAGAUGAGGAAGCUGAAGGUGGAGCUGCAGACGAGCAGACAGAACGAGCAGGAGUUACGCAGUCACAUCUGUAACCUCACCAACAGCGAGAACAGCCUGCGGCCCGAAGUCUCGCUGCUCAGACACGCCAACGAACUUCUGCAGAACAAGCUUCAGUAUCUGAGCAAAUCGAGGCAGAAGGACAAGCAGAGUUGUGCCGUGUUGGAGAAGAAAGCCAGAGUGGAGACAGAGAGCAGAUUAGCCGUAGAAAAACAACUCGCAGAAGUUCGGUCCCAGAAAUUCGAAGAGGCGGCUUUUUUACUACGUAAUGCGUCGAACAGGCAGGAACACAGUGAGACGCAGCUGUUAAGGAAAAGAGCUAGAGAUCUAGACACAGAGUACAAACAGCUACAGCUGGACUGUCAGGGGAAAGACAAUCGAAUGCUAGCACUAGAAAAAGAAGUGGAGGUAACAUUUUCCCUGCAGAAGCUCAGGUGUACAGAGCAGGAGGCCGACGCGUUGCUCUCCGCUCUCUCCUCUCUGCAGGAUAAAGCUCAGCAUUUAGAAUACAACCUGAGCGCAGAGACACGCCUCAAACUGGACCUGUUCUCAGCGCUGGGGGACGCUCGCAGACAGCUGGAGAUAGCACAGGUUAAACUCCUGAAGCAGGACCAGGAAAUCAAGGAGAUGAAACAGAAGAUCACCGAGGUCAUGGCCGUUUCUCCAGGCGUGUCCUACGUGGCUCCGCGCUCAACCGUUCCACAGUACCUCAAGUUCCUCAACUCGGAGCGCUACGUCCUGAACCCGCGAGGUCUCAUGUACCAGUGUCUGAAGAAAUGAUCAAACAAUCACAGCGAAAGACACAAAAGGAAGGCUUUUUUUUUCCUCUUUUAAAAAGCUUCGGUUUGUCCCGACGAGCCGAAUAAAGGGGAACGCACUGUCGGGAGUUUCCCUGACCGGACCGAGAGCCGGCGAGUUUACGGCUCUGAGCCAGAGGUUCUCCAGGACACAAAGCUGAUUGUACGUCUGAUUUGUGGUGCUACAGGAGUACACAAAGCAA